CACGUUACCACAGAACCAUAGUUCAGUUCUCAGAGAAUCGGCAGACUUUUUUCCACAAGUUUUAAAUUGUUUAAUUUUAGUAAUUUUUCUUUUAUUCUUAAAUCAAUUUACACAUUUAUUUUUCACAACUUCUCAUGAAUUACCACAAAUUGAACACUCCCUUCCAUACCUCUUCCUAAUCAUUACUCCCUUCCUCCUCCAAAAGCAACCACCAUUGCCUGUUUUAAAUUUGCAGAAUGGAAUCAUACAGUGUGUCCUUUUACACGUCACUACUUUCAGUCAGUGUUAUGUUUGUGACAUUCAUCCAUGUGUGAGUGUGGAAGGAGUUUGUUCACUUCUCUUGCUUAUGAUGGAUGCACCACAAUUCAUGCGUGCAUUCUGCAGAUCAAUACUUUGUUUUCAGUUCUUGGCUCUUGUGGAAGAUGCUGUUUUGAACAUUCUCGCGUGCAUGUCUUUGGUGGGUCGUAGAGGGGUAGUAGCCGCAUGCAUGUCUUUGGUGGGUCGUAAAGGGGUAGUUCCAGUUCAUAUUCCCGCAAGAAGGGUAUGAGAGCUCUCAUUAUUUCACAUCGUUAAAUAGCUGUUACAUUUCUUUUAAUCAGUUAAUAAAAUAAAGAUAAUGUCUUGGUUUAUAAGGAAAACAAUACGUGCUAGUUGCAGAAACUUUUGGAUAACACGGGUGUGUAAAGUAAUAAGCAAGAGCUUCCAAAGUGCCACUCCUCAGGGGUGAUACCAACAACCUGAUGUUUAUCCUUCUGAAUCUUUCUUUUAAUGCAUACAUGUACCUUUUCUUAAUCAAAAGUGGAAUGGUAUUGGUGGUUGUCAGCCCUGGCUGCAGAUUAGAAUCACAUGAAGAGCUUUGUGCCCUAGAGAGGAAUUAAAGCCUUGGAGGAAGGCUGACAUUUUUUAAAGCUCCCUGGAGCUUUAAUUAAUGUGCAGUUAGGGGCGAGGACAACUGGCCUCAAUAGAUCUACGUACACAUUUAACUUGCAUUUACUUAAUCUGUGUACAGCAUCCCCUUUAAUUGGGUAAUUCACCCUCUUUAGCUGCAGUAUUUUCUGUUAGGUCACUGUUUGUCCUUCAGCCUCUUACUAGUCACAUUAAGUGUUGUACUUCAGGCAGUAUGCAUAUCAAGUCAACUUUAUAAAAGGAGGGAUCUAGAUUUAAUUAUCCAUUUGAUUUUGUUUACCAACAAUGUCUGUAUAAUUGUUUUUUUUUCCUUUAAGGAGGAGUAAAUGUUGAAUAUAUUGAAUAACUAAAAAUGAAGCGUAACCAGAUUUUUGGAACAUAUGGAAAUUACAUUUUAAUUCAGUAGGACUGUUCAGGCAAAUAAACUAAUCAAGGAGGAACUUCAAAGUCAAGUGGAAUUGCUAAAUUCUUUUGAGAAAAAAUAUAGUGAUCCUGGCCCUGUGUAUGACUGCUUGGUGUGGCAUGAUGGUGAAGCCUGGAGAGCCUGCAUUGAUUCGAAUGAAGAUGGGGACUUGAGUAAAUCUACCGUGUUGAGAAACUACAAAGAAGCCCAAGAAUAUGGUUCUUUUGGCACAGCUGAGAUGUUAAAUUACUCUGUUAACAUAUAUGACGAUGGAAACCUGCUGUCCAUUGUGACCAGUGGAGGAGCUCAUGGGACACACGUAGCUAGUAUAGCUGCUGGGCAUUUUCCUGAAGAACCUGAACGGAGUGGUGUAGCUCCCGGUGCUCAAAUUCUUUCAAUCAAGAUUGGCGAUACAAGACUAAGCACAAUGGAAACAGGCACGGGCCUCAUAAGAGCUAUGAUAGAAGUCAUCAAUCAUAAGUGUGAUCUUGUCAACUACAGCUAUGGAGAAGCUACUCACUGGCCAAAUUCUGGGAGAAUUUGUGAAGUCAUCAGUGAAGCAGUGUGGAAGCAUAACAUAAUUUACGUUUCCAGUGCUGGAAAUAACGGUCCGUGCCUUUCUACCGUCGGUUGUCCCGGUGGAACUACAUCGAGUGUAAUAGGUGUUGGUGCUUAUGUUUCUCCCGACAUGAUGGUUGCUGAGUAUUCCCUGAGAGAGAAAUUACCGGCCAAUCAGUACACGUGGUCUUCUAGAGGCCCCAGUGCCGAUGGGGCCCUAGGAGUGAGUAUCAGUGCACCAGGAGGAGCCAUUGCUUCUGUCCCUAACUGGACAUUGAGAGGAACUCAGCUAAUGAAUGGGACAUCCAUGUCUUCUCCUAAUGCGUGUGGAGGCAUCGCCCUGAUACUUUCUGGUCUGAAAGCUAAUAAUGUUAACUAUACGGUUCAUUCAGUCAGAAGGGCUCUAGAAAACACUGCCGUGAAGGCUGACAAUAUAGAAGUAUUUGCCCAAGGACAUGGUAUUAUUCAGGUUGAUAAAGCCUAUGACUACCUCAUUCAGAAUACAUCAUUUGCUAAUAAAUUAGGUUUCACUGUUACUGUUGGAAAUAACCGAGGCAUCUACCUCCGAGAUCCCGUUCAGGUGGCCGCACCUUCAGAUCAUGGCGUUGGCAUUGAACCUGUAUUUCCAGAAAAUACCGAAAACUCUGAAAAAAUAUCCCUUCAGCUUCAUUUAGCUUUAACUUCAAAUUCAUCUUGGGUUCAGUGUCCCAGCCAUUUGGAACUCAUGAAUCAGUGUAGACACAUAAACAUACGUGUGGAUCCCAGGGGCUUAAGAGAAGGAUUGCAUUAUACAGAGGUGUGUGGCUAUGACAUAGCCUCCCCUAACGCAGGUCCUCUGUUCCGAGUUCCAAUCACUGCAGUGGUAGCAGCCAAAGUAAACGAAUCAUCACAUUAUGAUCUAGCCUUGACAGAUAUACAUUUUAAACCUGGUCAAAUUCGAAGGCAUUUUAUUGAGGUUCCUGAGGGUGCAACAUGGGCUGAGGUGACUGUGUGUUCGUGCUCUUCUGAGGUUUCGGCCAAGUUUGUUCUCCACGCAGUGCAGCUGGUGAAGCAGAGGGCGUAUCGAAGUCAUGAAUUCUAUAAGUUCUGUUCCCUUCCGGAAAAAGGGACAUUGACUGAAGCUUUUCCUGUCUUAGGUGGGAAAGCAAUUGAGUUUUGCAUUGCUCGUUGGUGGGCAAGUCUCAGUGAUGUCAAUAUCGAUUACACCAUUUCUUUCCAUGGAAUAGUGUGUACUGCUCCUCAGUUAAACAUUCAUGCGUCGGAAGGAAUCAAUCGUUUUGAUGUUCAGUCCUCCUUGAAGUAUGAAGAUCUGGCUCCCUGCAUAACCUUGAAGAGCUGGGUCCAGACACUGCGACCACUGAGUGCAAAAACAAAACCUUUAGGAUCAAGAGAUGUUUUGCCAAAUAAUCGUCAGCUUUAUGAGAUGAUCCUGACCUAUAACUUUCAUCAACCCAAGAGUGGGGAAGUAACUCCAAGCUGCCCACUACUUUGUGAACUAUUGUAUGAAUCAGAAUUUGACAGCCAACUGUGGAUUAUAUUUGACCAGAACAAAAGACAAAUGGGUUCGGGAGAUGCCUAUCCACAUCAGUAUUCUUUGAAACUGGAAAAAGGAGAUUAUACAAUUCGACUCCAGAUCCGUCAUGAGCAGAUCAGUGAUUUGGAACGUCUUAAAGAUCUUCCAUUUAUUGUUUCUCAUAGGUUGUCUAAUACCUUGAGCUUAGAUAUUCAUGAAAAUCAUAGCCUUGCACUUCUAGGAAAGAAGAAAUCAAGUAAUUUGACAUUACCACCCAAAUACAAUCAACCAUUCUUUGUUACUUCCUUACCCGAUGACAAAAUACCUAAAGGGGCAGGACCUGGAUGCUACCUUGCAGGAUCCUUAACGUUAUCAAAGACUGAACUUGGAAAGAAAGCUGGGCAGUCUGCAGCAAAACGACAAGGAAAAUUUAAAAAGGAUGUGAUCCCUGUUCAUUACUACCUAAUAUCUCCGCCAACAAAGACUAAGAAUGGCGGCAAAGAUAAAGAAAAAGAGUCAGAAAAAGAGAAAGACUUGAAAGAAGAGUUUACUGAAGCAUUACGAGAUCUUAAAAUUCAGUGGAUGACAAAGCUGGAUUCUAGUGACAUUUAUAAUGAAUUGAAAGAAACAUAUCCUAAUUAUCUUCCUCUGUACGUUGCAAGACUUCAUCAGUUGGAUGCUGAAAAGGAACGAAUGAAAAGACUUAAUGAAAUUGUUGAGGCUGCAAAUGCUGUCAUUUCUCACAUAGACCAGACGGCCCUCGCAGUUUAUAUUGCGAUGAAGACUGACCCCAGGCCCGAUGCAGCUACUAUAAAAAAUGAUAUGGACAAACAAAAAUCUACCCUCGUGGAUGCCCUUUGUAGAAAAGGAUGUGCCCUAGCUGACCACCUGCUUCACGCACAAGAUCAAGAUGGGGCCGUUUCAGGUGAUACGGAAGGAAGAGAGGAGGAAGGAGAGAGCACUCUGGAUUCUCUGACGGAAACAUUUUGGGAAACUACAAAAUGGACUGAUCUUUUUGACAAUAAGCUGCCUGGCCAGAAGAGGAAGACAAUACAUGGAAUGUGGCUAAGCUGGGCUCUGAAGAAGACUCUGUGUUUAGUUUUAACAUUUGCAUACAAGCAUGCAUUAGUAAAUAAAAUGUAUGGGAGAGGCCUUAAAUUUGCAACUAAACUUGUGGAAGAAAAACCAACAAAAGAAAACUGGAAAAAUUGUAUUCAACUGAUGAAGUUACUUGGAUGGACCCAUUGUGCAUCUUUUACUGAAAACUGGCUUCCCAUCAUGUAUCCUCCUGAUUAUUGUGUAUUCUAAAAUAGGAACCAAGACUUCAAAUUUUAAAAAAGAAAGUUUUAUAGUGAAUGGAUAUAAAAACAAAUUUGUGGCAUUUUUAGUCUAAUGCAUGUUUUCAUCCGCUAUCAAAUACUGAUUAUUAAAAUGAUGUGUAUUUAUCAGAGAAUUUGCUGGCGUGUGGCUUAAUACAUGUAAAUCUAGACCUCUGACAUCAUGGUGUUUUUUUAAUGCCUCACAUGGCUGGCACCGGGCUGUGCCCUGACUGCCAGCACCAAGGACUUUCGGUUGGGUUGCAGAUAUCACUUGCAUGAUAGGUUUUGAACAGUGACUUUUAACUGCAAACCUGUAAAAUUCUAUUUUUUAUUUUAUAAACGAACAGGGUUUUAACAUGCUCAACUUUAAUUUUUUUCAAUUGUAUGAAGGCCUUAAAAAGCUACAUUAAGCGUAGCUAAAAUUAUUUAUUGGACUAAAAAAAUAGCAGAACUUCAUUUCCAGAUUUUUUUUUCUUUUUUUCUUCUUUUUCUUUUUCUUUUUUUUUUUUCUUUUGGUAAAGGUUUACAUUUGAUUAAGGGGGAAAAAACCGGCACAAAUGAGUGUGUGGCAAUUGCUGGAGCAUAACUGCUUCUCACUAAAUCAGUCUUCAUCUUGGAGUUAUUUCGGGUCAGUCAUUUUUAACAUCCUUUUGACAUGCAGAGAGCAUCAGAAUGAACUAAUAAUACAUGUAUAAGUGCCAGACUGCUAAAUCUUUAUCAGGUAUUGUAAAGAUACACAUAUGGUAUGUUUGUUAAAGUUGAAAUAAUGUAAACACGUGAAUACAUGUGCAAAACCAAGAUCACAGUAUAUAUACCAUAUGCAUUCUGAUACCUUGAUUUUUUUUAUAAAUAAUAAAAGUGAAUAUUGAAGCUUCUUAAA